UGCUCCUAACGACGGGGUUCAGUUGUUCGACCGCAGCUCCCGACGUCGCAUCAUAUAGACGACGCCAGCCGCUCGGCUACAUCCCCCCCCCACAAAAUCGCAUCCAGCGCGUAUAUCCAUCUAUCGAUUCGAGUACAACAGCAACAAUAUACCGCACCGCCGGGGUCGGGGUCUGACCACAUAAAAAAAGGGUGAAUCAUGGCGUCGAAGAAAGGAUCGAGUCCGUUCUUUCUUCUGGUCACUCUGUUGGCUAUCCUUCAACGUCCUCAUUUCAGAUGCGGAGCUCAAGAAGUGAUUCCCAUCGGAGCCAUUUUCGAAGUGGGGACGGAUGAGAUGCAGGCUGCCUUCCGGCACGCCGUGGCUCAGUUUAACCGGAUGAACGAGAGUGCCAACGGGCGAAGAUACGAGCUGCAAGCUUUCGUCGAUAUCAUCAGCACAGCCGACACGGUCAAACUCUCCAGAUUGAUUUGCACGCAGCUGUCGAGAGGAAUCUUCGCCAUUCUGGGAGUCGUAAGUGCUGAUUCUUUCAGCACAAUCCACUCUUACACCAAUACCUACCACAUGCCAUUCUUCAGUCCGUGGUUUCCUGAGAAGGUUCCUGUGCCGACAUCCGGUUUGAUGGACUACGCACUGAGUCUGCGACCCGAAUAUCACCAAGCCAUUCUAGACGUCAUCACCUACUACGGGUGGAAGAACAUUAUCUACAUCUACGAUUCUCACGAUGGUUUGCUUCGGCUGCAGGAGCUUUACCAGCGGAUCAAACCGGGCAGCAACAACAUCUUGAUCGAGAUGGUUCGCCGCGUGGAGAACUCUCGCGAAGCCAUUCAGUUUCUCCAGACUUUGGAAUCGAUCGACAGGUACGGCCGAAAGUUCGUCGUUCUCGAUUGCAGCGCUUCGCUGGCCUCGGAGAUCAUCAUUCAGCACGUCAAAGACGUGCACCUGGGACGUCGCAACUAUCAUUACCUCCUCAGCGGAUUGGUGAUGGAUGAUCGUUGGGACGAACGUGUUAAAGAAUACGGCGCUAUCAACAUCACCGGUUUCAGGAUCAUCGAUACAGAGCGCCCAAUCGUUCAACAGUUUUUCCGCACUUGGGAGGCCCUGGAUCCGGCCAUCUAUCCUGGAGCCGGCAAACCAUUCAUUCCGGCACAAGCGGCCCUGGUUUACGAUGCCGUCACUCUCGUGGCCGACACGUUCAACCGGAUGUUGAAGAAGAAGCCGGAUACAUUCCGCUCUUAUCUCCAGCGCAAUAAGGGCGAAUCGCUGGCCAAUGCAUCCAGGGCACUCAACUGUUCCCGCAACGCCGUCUGGGAGCAAGGCGACCGGAUCGCCAAAUUUGCUCGUAAACAAUCAGAUCUGGAAGGAUUGACUGGAAGUUUACGUUUCGGCGAGGACGGUCGGAGAGAGAACUUUACCCUCAGCGUCGUAGAAAUGACGGUCAACAGCGAUAUAGUCAAAAUUGGCCAAUGGUCGGAGCAGACCAGAUUUCAAACAGUGCCAGCCAAAUACGUCCGUCUACCAGCCACCCCGGAAUUUGAAAAGAAUCGAACUUAUAUCGUUACGACUUACAUGGAGGAGCCCUACAUGAUGAUGCGGAAGACUGAAGGCGGUGAAGAGCUGACUGGGAACGAUCAAUUCGAAGGCUAUUGUAAAGACAUGAUGGACUUAAUCGCCGCUAAGCUGGGCAUUAACUAUGAAUUACGUAAAGUCAAGGACCAUCGAUACGGCAACGAAAAUCCCAACGUCACAGGCGGUUGGGACGGUAUCAUCGGCGAACUUGUCCGUCGGGAAGCAGACAUGUCGGUGGCGGCGCUGACGAUCAACUCUGGUAGAGAAAGAGUGGUUGACUUUAGCAAACCGUUCAUGGACCUUGGCAUCAGCAUCAUGAUCAAGAAACCGGUCAAAAAGUUCCCAGGAGUCUUCAGCUUCAUGGACCCGCUCUCCAAGGAAGUCUGGAUGUGCAUGACGUUUGCUUACCUAGGCGUCUCCAUCGUCCUGUUUGUCGUCAGUCGUUUCGGCGGAGCCGAAUGGAAAAUUGAAGACUCUCACGUGGCUUUCGUGCCUGUCGUCGAGACGGCCGGCUCAGCUAACGAUAUCGACGGCCAGUCGACGGACAACUCCUCUCAGAUGUUGACCAAUCAUUUCUCGGUUAAGAAUUCGCUGUGGUUCGCGCUGGGCGCAUUCAUGCAACAAGGCAGCGACAUCUCUCCUAGAUCAAUAUCUGGCCGAAUGGUUGGCGCCGUCUGGUGGUUCUUCACGCUCAUUCUCAUCUCUUCGUACACGGCCAACUUGGCCGCCUUUUUGACAGUUGAACGAAUGGUGACGCCCAUCAACUCGGCCGAAGAUUUGGCCCGUCAGACGCAAGUAGAGUACGGAACCAUCAGCUCCGGCACGACGCUCGAUUUCUUCAAAAAUUCAAAGUUCGCCGUCUACAGUCGCAUGUGGGAGUUUAUGAAUUCGAGGAAACACGUUUUUGUGCGCACCUACGACGAAGGUAUCCGCAGAGUGCGCCAAUCAAAAGGCAAAUACGCUCUACUUAUUGAGAGCCCCAAGAACGACUACGUUAAUGAGCGCUACCCUUGUGACACUAUGAAAGUGGGGCGUAAUUUGGAUACCAAGGGUUUCGGAGUAGCUACGCCUCUCGGUUCUCCAUUGAGGGAGCAAUUGAACUUGGCCGUUCUCUCGCUUAAAGAGAGCGACGAUUUGGCUCGAUUGACUAAUAAAUGGUGGUACGAUCGAGGCGAAUGUGCUAACGCGGAUAAACAGGAAACGACCCAGAACGAGCUCUCGUUGAGUAAUGUGGCUGGUAUCUUCUAUAUUCUGAUUGGAGGGCUCGUUCUCGCACUGGCAGUCGCUUUCUUUGAAUUCCUUUACUGGUCUCGGGUCGACGCCAAAAAGAACAAGAUUUCGUUAACCGAAGCCAUGAAAGCAAAAGCUCGAAUAUCUAUAACCGGUGAAUUUAGUCAUCUACAUCAUAACUCGACAGUGUCGUGAACCGGUGAGGCUGUUCCGAAUGACGAGAUGCACGAACGAUCGAUGCACAUCAGGGUAAAUUGUAAUGAUCUCCGCUUUCACAACUCUAACACCGUCUCUUCAAUUUAGAGAAAAAAGCAUUUUUCAUUGAUUCCAGAGAAAAAAAAAAUCAGUUUCAUACUUCAUUAUGUCGACAGCGCAGUAAAUAUUGUUAAAUUGUAAAGUGUUGAUAAGCUAUCCAUCCAUGAAAAUCGCUUAUAAAAAGUGACACAUAAGCUGCUAAAUGAAAUCCCCCGCGUAUUCGAUUCUUGUGUAAUAUAAUUAUUUGAUGUUUUGUGUCAUAAUAAAGUGACAGUUCCGCACUUUGUGGAUCUUGCUUACA